AUAGAUGAGAUCGGUCUCACCCAAGUUUUUGCGUUGAUAUAUUCGUGUGGUAAAGAGAAGAAUAUAAUCACAUUAAAGAAAAGUAGCCCAUAAGCAAUUGUAGAGAAUGAAAGCUGCAUAAAGUUGAAGGAAGACUCCUCUCAAAAAAAAAAAGUUGAAGGAAGACCAGUAGCUACAUAUGGAAAAAAAACUAGAGAGUUACUAUUAACUACAUUUGAUAAUGAUGAGUGUAUGAGCUAGAAAUUGAAAACGUGGUCGCGCCUCUAUAAAUACAUACACCCUCCAUAGUCGUCUCCAUUCAUUCAUACAUUCAAUUUAAUCAUUUAGAGAGAGAGAGAGAGAGAUGUUGAAAGGCAUAGUAGACACGCUGUCGGGGAAAAAUGGGGAAGAGAAGAAGAAGAUAAAAGGAAGAGUGGUGUUGAUGAAGAAGAAUGUUCUAGACUUCAACGAUUUAGGGGCAUCCAUUCUCGAUCGUCUCCACGAGCUCGUCGGUCAAAGCGUUACUCUGCAUCUCAUCAGUUCCGACCAUUCUGACUCCGCAGGAAAUGCGGUGAAGGGGAAGGUGGGAAAAGGAGCAGAGCUAGAGAGCUGGAUCACAACAAUCACAUCUCUGAAGCCUGAAGAUUCAGCAUACGACGUCACAUUCGAUUGGGAAGAAGACAUCGGAAUCCCAGGCGCAUUCCUCAUCAAGAACUCCCACCACAGCGAAUUCUACCUCAAAACCCUAACCCUCGACGGCGUCCCCGGCCACGAGCACGCCCCCAUCCACUUCGUCUGCAACUCCUGGGUCUACCCCUCCGACAAGUACAAAUCCGACCGCGUCUUCUUCGCCAAUCAGGCCUAUCUCCCCAGCCAAACUCCGGCCCCACUUGUGCCCUACAGAGAGGAGGAGCUGCUGCAUUUGCGUGGAGAUGGGAGCGGAGAGUUGCAGGAAUGGGACAGAGUGUAUGACUACGCUUAUUACAAUGAUUUGGGCGACCCGGAUAGCGGCGAGGAUUCCGCCCGACCCGUCCUCGGUGGAUCAUCGGAUUAUCCGUAUCCUCGUAGGGGAAGAACAGGCAGACCUCCUACUAAGACAGAUCCCAACACUGAGAGUAGGAUCCCAAUUCUUAUGAGCUUGAACAUCUACGUUCCAAGAGACGAGCGUUUUGGGCAUGUGAAGCUGUCUGAUUUUCUUGGUUAUGGCCUUAAAUCCAUCUUCCAGUUCCUCUUGCCUGAGUUUACAGACUUAUGUGCCAGCCUCAGCAAUGAGUUUGAGAGCUUUGAAGACGCGCUUCAAAUCUACGAGGGAGGGUUCAAGUUGCCGGAGGGCCCUCUGCUCAAGGACUUAUAUGAUAAUGUCCCUUUGGAGCUGCUCAAGGAGAUUCUUCCUAGAGAUGAUGAGGGCCUCUUCAAGUACCCGAUGCCCGAUAUCAUCAAAGAGGACAAGACUGCGUGGAGGACUGAUGAAGAAUUCGCGAGAGAGAUGGUAGCAGGGAUGAACCCUGUCAUAAUUAGUCGUCUGCAGGAGUUUCCUCCGAAGAGCAGCCUUGACCCUCAAAUGUAUGGGAACCAGGGUAGCAAGAUAACGUGGGAUCAUAUCAAGAAUGGAGUGGAUGGACUCACUGUUGAAAAGGCGUUGGAGACGAACCGGCUGUUCAUACUGAAUCAUCACGACUCACUGAUGCCGUAUCUGAGGAGGAUCAACAGCACCACCACAAAAAUGUACGCCACAAGGACUCUGCUUUUCUUGCAGAAUGACGGGAGUUUGAGGCCGUUGGCGAUUGAGCUCAGCCUCCCUCAUCCUGAUGGGGAUGAGCACGGUGCCGUGAGUCAGGUGUACACUCCUGCUCAAGACGGCGUUGAGGGUUCGAUUUGGCAGCUGGCCAAGGCCUAUGUUGGAGUCAGUGAUUCUGGAGUUCAUCAGCUCAUCAGCCAUUGGUUGCAUACACAUGCUGUGAUAGAGCCGGUGGUGAUUGCAACGAACAGACAACUGAGCGUGAUGCACCCCAUUCAUAAGCUUCUGUAUCCUCACUUCCGCGACACGAUGAACAUCAAUGCUUUCGCGCGGCAAAUCUUGAUCAAUGCCGGAGGGAUUCUGGAGGCCACCGUCUUCCCUGCUCGAUACGCCAUGGAGCUCUCUUCCUUCAUAUACAAGGACUGGAGUUUCCCCGAUCAGGCACUCCCUACUGAAUUACUCAAGAGAGGCAUGGCGGUGGAAGAUCCAAACUCCCCACACGGAAUCCGCCUGGUGAUGGAGGACUAUCCAUACGCAGUGGACGGCCUCCAAAUCUGGUCGGCCAUCAACUCGUGGGUGGAUGACUACUGCAACCUGUACUAUCCCUCAGACGAGGCUGUGAAGGGCGACACUGAGCUACAAUCAUGGUGGAAGGAGCUCCGGGAGGAGGGGCACGGCGACAAGAAGGACGCGCCGUGGUGGCCUAAAAUGCAGACCCGCAAGGACCUCAUCGACAGCUGCACCAUCAUCAUCUGGGUUGCGUCCGCGCUGCACGCGGCGCUCAACUUCGGGCAGUACCCCUACGCGGGCUACAUGCCCAACCGCCCCACGGUGAGCCGGCAAUUCAUGCCCGAGGCCGGCAGCGAGGACUACGAGAUGCUGAAGACGGACCCCGACAGGGUGUUCUUGAAGACCAUCACGGCGAGGCUGCAGACGCUGCUGGGCGUCGCCCUGAUCGAGCUCCUGUCGAGGCAUUCCUCGGACGAGCUGUAUCUCGGGCAGAGGGACACUCCGGUGUGGACCAAGGACGCGGAGGCGCUAGCGGCAUUCGAGAGGUUUGGGAAGGUGUUGGGUGGGGUGGAGAGGAGGAUCACGGAGAUGAAUGGUGAUGAGAGAUGGAAGAAUAGAGUUGGGCCUACGAAGCUGCCUUAUACGUUGAUGUAUCCUACGAGUGAGGAAGGGUUGACUGGUAGAGGGAUUCCUAAUAGUACCUCUGUUUGAUUGAAAUCUGGGAUUUCCACACAAGUUGUAAGUUUUAAAUAAAUGGAUUCUAGGUUUGAUUUGGUUGGGUAUGUAAAGGUUUGAUGCAACUUUGUUGUUGUCAAGUGUUGUUAUGAAUAAUAAUAAUUUGAAUUUGUUGGUCAAGGAAAA